AUGCCUGCGAAAUCGCGAUUCACGAGGUUAGAUGCGUUCGCGAAGACGGUCGAGGAUGCGCGCAUCCGCACGACCUCCGGCGGCAUCAUAACCAUCGCCUCGCUGUUGAUUAUCCUGUGGCUCGUCUGGGGAGAAUGGGUAGACUAUCGGCGGGUGGUUGUGAUGCCAGAGCUAGUUGUGGACAAGUCUCGAGGCGAGAAGAUGGAAAUCCAUUUGAACAUAACCUUCCCUCGACUGCCUUGCGAGCUCCUGACUCUGGACGUCAUGGACGUGUCCGGUGAACAGCAAGUGGGCGUGGCACAUGGCAUCAACAAAGUGCGCCUGGCCUCGCCCGCCGAAGGGGGCCAUGUCCUCGACGUCCAGGCCCUCGAGCUACACUCGGAGCAAGAAGUCGCCAAACACCUAGACCCGAACUACUGCGGCGAAUGCGGCGGUAUCCCACAGCAACCGGGCGAGCCGAAGCGGUGCUGCAACACAUGCGAGGAGGUACGCGAGGCCUACGCGGAGCACCAAUGGGCGUUCGGCAAGGGCGAGAACAUCGAACAGUGCGAGCGCGAGGGGUACGCGGCGCGGAUUGACGCGCAGCGGCGCGAGGGGUGCCGCCUGGAGGGGGUGCUGCGGGUGAACAAGGUGGUGGGCAACUUCCACAUCGCGCCGGGGCGCAGCUUCAGCAGCGGCAACAUCCACGUGCACGACCUGGAGAACUACUUCGAGCUGGACCAGCCAGCCAGCGAGAAGCACACGAUGACGCACCACAUCCACCAGCUGCGCUUCGGCCCCCAGCUGCCGGACGAGCUCUCCGACCGCUGGCAAUGGACCGACCACCACCACACCAACCCGCUCGACGACACGGUCCAGGAGACCGACCUGGCCGCCUUCAACUACAUGUACUUCGUCAAGGUUGUCUCCACCGCCUACCUGCCGCUCGGCUGGGACCCCCGCGUCUCCUCGUACAUCCACAGCGCCUCCUCGCACAACGUCCCGCUCGGCCGCCACGGCAUCGGCUACGGCCACGACGGCAGCAUCGAGACGCACCAGUACUCCGUGACCUCGCACAAGCGGCCCCUCAUGGGCGGCAAUGCCGCUGACGAGGGUCACAAGGAGCGCCUGCACGCUGCCGCCGGUAUCCCCGGUGUCUUCUUCAACUACGACAUCUCCCCCAUGAAGGUGAUCAACAGGGAGGCCCGUCCCAAGACGUUCACCGGGUUCUUGACCGGCGUCUGCGCCAUCAUCGGUGGUACGCUCACUGUUGCUGCUGCCAUCGAUCGCGGCCUGUACGAGGGUGCGAUCCGGGUAAAGAAGCUCCACGCUAGCUAG